CGUCAGUUUUCACUGGGACCCGCCCGCUUGCUCGAGUGGCAGCGGUGAGUGGUGAGAGAUAAUCCCCGGCUCGACCACAGACACACUACAGGGCUGCGCUGCCUCUGGAUCUGGAUGCAGGCAUCCUGGGAUUCCUGCUCCUAGCACGGGCCCACAGCACGACAACUUAGCGGGACAACAAUGGUGCACGCCUCGGCGACUGAAUCCGUGGCUGCUGGUCGUUUAGGGGACCGGGGAACGUGGUCAAUGUGACAUUCACUUGCGGGCUGGUGUUGAGUUUAUUGUUCAGGUCCUAGACGCAGAGCGGCGAUUCUCUGAGAAGAUGUUGAGCCGAUUCAUGAGUGGCAGCAUCAGGAAUCUUGAGCGGGAAUACAGCUGCACCGUCAGACUGCUGGAUGAUACGGAAUAUACUUGCACCAUUCAGCGGGAUGCAAAGGGACAGUAUCUGUUUGACCUCAUCUGCCACCACCUCAACUUGCUGGAGAAAGACUAUUUUGGCAUCAGAUAUGUGGACCCAGACAAGCAGCGGCACUGGUUGGAGUUCACAAAAUCAAUUGCAAAGCAAAUGAAAUCUCAGCCUCCGUUCACCAUGUGUCUGAGAGUCAAGUUCUACCCUCCUGAUCCCGCUGCUCUGAAGGAGGAAAUCACUCGAUAUCUUGUCUUCCUGCAAAUCAAGAGAGACCUCUACCACGGUCGACUCCUGUGUAAGACCUCGGAUGCGGCCAUGCUGGCUGCCUACAUUCUUCAAGCUGAGAUUGGGGAUUAUGACCCUGGGAAGCAUCCUGAAGGUUAUAGCUCCAAAUUCCAGUUUUUCCCUAAACAUUCUGAGAAGCUGGAGCGCCGGAUUGCAGAUAUACACAAGACGGAGCUGAUUGGACAGACACCUGAAACAUCAGAGCGAAAUUUCCUGCAGAAAGCCCAGAUGCUGGAGACAUAUGGUGUUGACCCGCAUCCAUGCAAGGAUGUGUCUGGGAACCCAGCUUUCCUAGCCUUCACACCAUUUGGUUUUGUGGUGCUUCAGGGAAACAAGAGAGUUCAUUUUCUCAAAUGGAACGAGGUGACCAAACUGAAGUUCGAAGGCAAGACGUUCCACAUAUAUGCAAAUCAGAAGGAGAUCAUCCUGACAUACUUUGCACCCACUCCGGAGGCAUGCAAGCACCUUUGGAAAUGCGGAGUGGAGAACCAAGCUUUCUAUAAGCUUGAGAAGUCAAGUCAGGUUCGCACGGUGUCCAGCAGCAACCUGUUCUUCAAGGGCAGCCGUUUCCGUUACAGUGGACGAGUGGCAAAAGAGGUGAUGGAGCAGAGUGCCAAAAUCAAACGCGAACCUCCAGAAAUACACAGGGCUGGCCUCGUGCCCAGCAGAAGUUGUCCAUCCAUCACCCACGGACCUCGCCUCAGCAGUGUACCGCGCACGCGCCGGAGAGCCGUGCACAUAUCUAUCAUGGAGGGUCUGGAGUCCUUGCGUGACAGUGCCCACUCUACACCAGUGCGCUCAGUGUCCCAUGGGGAAUCCUUCAUGCCACGCUCCCGGAGCCAGGCCACAGACACCAGUGACGGGACGGCGGUGAUCUCGGACGAGGCCUACAGCCCCUCCGACAGCGUCCUGCCCACCCCGGUGGCUGAGCACAGCAUGGAGCUGGCUGUCUCGCGCCAGAUCAAUGGAGCGCCCUGCAGCAUCGAAGAGGAAAAGGAGUCAGAGGCAGGCACCCCCACGUACGGGGAGGGGGGUGAUUUUGGUGCGGACGGUAGAUCUGCACAGGAGGGUGCAGGGGGGGACUCGGCCCUCAGCGAGGUGGAACAGGUGAAUAAAUUUGUCUUAAGUGUCCUCCGUUUGCUCCUUGUCACCAUUGGACUCCUCUUUGUCUUGCUCCUACUCCUCAUCAUCCUCACCGAGUCAGACCUUGACAUAGCAUUUUUACGUGAUAUCCGCCAGACCCCCGAAUUUGAGCAGUUCCAUUACGAAUAUUUUUGUCCCCUCAGGCGGUGGUUUGCCUGCAAGCUCCGCUGGGUGGGCGGGUUGCUCAUUAACAAGUGAGAGUGAGGUCGUAGAGUUCGUAAGCCCAUUCGGGGGUCUGAGGAGACGGUUAGGACUCCGGAGUGAUGGAGGGCAGCCUCGUCCCAACCAUGAACCCUGCUUCUCCCAUGAUCCUCCAGCAGACAUACAGCUUGGACCACUCCUGGUAACACCGGGCCAGGAUCUCUGUUCCCCUCCUCCACUUUGAGUUACCCCCCACCCACC